ACUGUCAACCAUUUGACGUUUCUGGGGGAGUGUUGAUGAGGGCGCACCUGGUGUGCUUGGACAUAGUAGUCCGUGCUAAAAAAAGAAAGAAGUAUACGUUAUACUAAAUAGUUUUGUUUACAGAAUGGAUGAAUUUACAACGUGUAACCUCGACUACCUUCCAGAAAACAUUUUAAUUGACGUUCUAUCAUAUUUGAGCGUGCGCGAGCUUGUCAAAGCUGGGAGAGUGUGUAAGAGAUGGAGACGUCUUGUAAAGGAUCAGAAACUGUGGAGACUUGUCGACUUGACUGCGUGGAAAGGGAUGACAUCCCGUAUACUGUGGGUCCUUCUGCGCCAGUACCUCGGCGGCGGACUAAGAUGCUUACGCUUGCGCGGUUUGCUCCUCUCUGUCCGAGGUGGCACCUUCCUCUCUGAGGCUUGGCUCAAAGCUUUGUCCACAAAAUGCCCUCGCCUGAGCAAGCUAUACCUUCUGCACGCGGACUUGAGAAGCCUCCCCAGUUGCCAGCUCCUGCCGCCAUCCUUGAAGGUGCUGGAGCUGCAAGGUUGUGAGCUGCCUCAGGGCUUCUUCAACCAGGACCUGCCUGCUUCGUCUCAAGAGAGGCCGCAGGCAACUUCCGCUGUUAAACAGAAAGGACCAAGAGGCGGUGCAUAUUCUGGGAUUUCUAUUGAAUGUUUAAUCCUCAACAAUGUUCCCUCUUUCAAGGACCAGCACCUGCAGAGUCUGACAUCAUGGGAGAGGCUCAGUCGACUGGAGUUGUGCGACACGUUUCGUGUGACUGCAAACGGGCUCAGAGGCUGUGCAGCCAAGGAAGGGCUCUGUGGCUUGGAAGGUCUGUUCCGGCUUAAGUUUCUGGAAAUGAGUGUCACCACACGGCAGGGAUACCAGAGGCCGAUGGCCUCCUCAGGGUUAGGAUCAGGAUGGCUUGGACUAGAGGAGCUGAGUCUUGGCGGCAAGGAGGUAGUACCCGGAUUCCUCUGCGCCAGCCACCUGAAGGACCUGAAGCGCCUCUACCUGAAGGCCUGCACUCUCGGCGAGAUGCAGAUCGUACACAACUGCACGAUGCUCCGCCGUCUCCCCAGUUUCCACAGACUAGAGUUUUUAGAUGUGGUCUUCCAGCCGCGCCUGUGCCCACCUGAGGGAGAGGGCCACGGUGGGGGGGAACAGGAUGGUGAGGAGGAGGCCGCGGGCGGUGACAACGAGAGCAAACCGGAUAAACUUAUUCGAAAUCUCAGUCGGUCACUGGCUGUCGUCCUGCCGUGCUGCACGCUGGCCUUCAGAAAUUGCUCUGUUCAAAUCAAUCCAGAUUAAGUGAAGGAUCCAAUUUAACAAACAAAUUACAGCACUGCUCCUUGUACGUAAAUGUAGAACCAAAGUUUUGGAAGAUUAAAUUAGAGAAAGGUAAUUGGGUACCUGGAAAAUACCAGUACUUAACCACAUUGUCUCCAGUUCACAGUUUCAUGACAAGUCUUAGGGGAAAUUAUUCUGAUGCGUUUUUUUCUGUAUAAAGCAGAGGUUGAGAACCUACAGCCCAUCGGUCAUAUUGUAUCAGGCCAAUGAGAAUGUUUGCCCUUGCCUGCCACCAAGUUGAAAAAGUAACUCAAAUGUCCUAAAACAUUUGGCUCAAAAUGUUAAAAUACAGCGGUGCCUUGAGAUAGAAGAUUCAUUUGUUCUGUUACCACAUUUGUGAAUCUCAAACCAUCUUUUCCCAUUGAAAUGAGCAGAAGCCCCAUUCAUCUGUUCCAGGCUCCCCAAAAGUUGUUGUAAUGUGUUGUACUGUAUUUUAAUGAGGGGAAAUAGCUUGUGUUUUAUAAAAAAAAUACAGUGAUGACAUGUUCAUAUAGAAUUACAAAUAUUUCAACAUUUUGUGGCCAUGAUGCUGUUCUUUCAGUUGUGGCUGCCCUUUGGUGUGCCUUCAGUGUUUUUAAACUUCACCACCUAAACCCAAAAAUGUAGCUUUAUGUCUUUUAUCGGUUCUGUUGUCUUUAUUGUUUUUAUGUUUUUUUUUUGUGUGUACUGUCAACAACAGGUGUGUUAUGUCACUCACUGGUGGAUUAGGCCUGAGAGGAAUUUUAAUGGCCAUAAAAAUGCACACUAGAUGGCAGAAAUACUUUAUCAACUUCAAAGUUUUGGUAUAAUUUACCCAUGUUCUAUUGCUAACAGGUAGAAUUUUUUAGAUUUGAAAGUCUGGCCAUUCUUUUUCUAGGUGCCAUGUUCAUAUAUCCAUAAAUAAUAUUUGGUGUACCUUGAAACACUGAUGAAUAUCAUCGAAAUUGUCUGGUACUGAGAGGGGUUCUCUCUUGAAAAAUAUCUGGGAUUAAAUGAGUUAAAAUGGAUAUAUUGCUCAAUGUGAGGUUACGACUCCUGAGCUCAUCAGUACGGCACCAAUAAUCUUUCUUGGAAGAGGAUAAAAAUUACGAUAGAGUACCGUUAAUUUCUGCCUACGUGUGAUGCUGCACCAUUUGUGUUCAAUCGGUUGCUCCACGGGUGAUAGCACCACAACGUAGAUGCUAUUUAUUAUGAAGGUUGAACUAAUAGACUGAAAGUCAAAGUCAUCUGGUUGUUUUAAAUGGACAGGGGGUAAUUCUCCUUCCUUAAUGUUUGGUUUGACACUAAACUUCAACUGGGAGAACCAUUAAACAGCUUCAAGCUGAUUUUUGAAACUGUGCCACUGUGUUUGUUGUAAAGUGAGUUGAAUUGAGUUCACUUCUAGCAUACAGCGCUCAUAUCUCAGGUUUGCACUCGCAAGUCAAAGCAAAAAUAAAAAAUAAAAAAACCCACAGCCAAACGAUGGCUUGUAUCUAAAAAAAAUAAUAAUAAUUGUAAGGUGACUCUUAUCUCAAGGCACCAAUGUAAACAAUCAACAUGUGGCAUUUAGCACAACCAUCUCUAAGUUCUGAGGGCUGGACUUUGGAGUUUGGAUAUUGGUCUUCCAGUGUGAAGUGUGAACUCCUUGUGCUUGUGUGGGUUUCGCUGGUUAUUCUGGCUUCCUCCCAUGUUUCAAAAACAUACCUGAGGUUCAUUGAACACUCACAAUUGUCCUUGGGUAUAAAUGUGUAAAUAAUUUCUCUAUAUUUUCCCUGGUGGCCAGUCCAUGGUGAACAUAACAUAACAUACCCAAAUUUCAGCUCAAUUGGCUUACUCCUGAUCCUUGUGAGGAUAAGCACAGUAGAAGGUGGAUGGUUGGAUUUUGUUUGAAUAUUGGAUCAUAGAUUUUUCCUAAUUUUCAUACAAGUUUAGAAGAACUCUGCAAAAAAAAGUUUCCCCACACCUUCUGAAAAGCAACAAGCACUGUUAGAUGAUGAACAUACUACUCUGUGGUAAGGAUGUCAUGUAAAUAAUUGAGUCAUUUUAUGGAUAUGGUCUUUUGGGGUUUGGAGUUACUAAUGGUGUAGUUGUACAUUCGCCUGACUUUGGUGCAGGCUGCCUGGGUUCAGUUCCCACUCAGCGUACCAUUCCAAUAUAAGUUGGAAUGGCUGUCCUGCGACCAGUUCAGGGUGUAGUCCACUCUUCACCUGACGUCAGAUAGGAUAGGCUCCAGCACCCUGCAACCCUAACCAGGAUAAGAGGUGUUUGGCGAUGGAUGGAUGGAUGAAUGGAUGGGGUUUGGGCUGUCAGACCUUCAGACCAUUUGUUUAUACAGAUAAGUCUUUUGAAAACAUACAGGUGCUUUUCUUUUGUCAAUUGCCUCCAUUCAUUGUAUUCUCAAUAAGUGUGUUAUAUUCAAUGAGAAUUUAACAUCUAAAUACGAUAGUGUUGGUUUAUUUUAAUUUGAGGGCAGAGGUUCUGUUCUUUUAAAGAUCUUUGACAACUUCAUAACUCCGCUACAGUAUUUACCUACUAUAGAUGUCCACAAGUCUAUUAUGAAGGCUAGACAUGCUAUCAUUAUGUCUGAAGCCCACUAUGUCUUUUUUUCAAACAAAGCAAACACAUGAAUACAAUAAACAAUUGUCAUGUUUUUUUGUUCAUUUGUGUAUAAAAGUGCCAUUUGAUGUGAAUUUUUGAUGCAUUCAUAUCACAUUGUGCAAAAAUAUUUGGAAGGAAAAAAAUCCUUUGACAAAAUUCAAUGUCAAUGGCUGUCAUUGAAUUACAUAGAUAUUGAAUGUUAAUCAGGGGGGCACGGUGGCGCAGCUGUGGAGCGUUGGCCUCAGUUCUGAGGACCAGGGUUCAAAUCCCGUUCCCGCCUGUGAGGAGUUUGCAUUUUCUCCCCAUGGCUGUGUGGAUUUUUUUUUCCUCCAGGCACUCCGAUUUCCUCACACAUCCCCAAAACGUGCAUUUGUUGCAGACUCUAAAUUGCCCCUAGGCGUGAUUGUCAGUGCGACUGCUGUCUGUGUCCAUGCGCCCUGCGAUUGGUGGCAACUUGUUCAGGGUCUACCCUGCCUCCUGCCCGUUGACAGCUGGGAUAGGCUCCAGCACUCCCCGCGACACUCGUGAGGAUAAGUGGCUCAGUAUUGAAAUUUGAUUUGUACUUUUUUAUUUUAUUUUUAUAAAACCAAUGUAAGGUACAAUGUAAAUACAAAGGACUUGAGUGACUACUUUUUCUUAACAUUUUGUUCGUAAAUUCGUCAAUUGAACUUUUAAAUGUACACGCACACACGUCAUGUUUGAAAGGCGGUGAGUCAAUCUUGAUUUAAGCCAAUCAUACCUUUUCCUUCCUCCGCGCUUCCUGUCCCUCCUGGCCAAUGGGAGCGUUCGCAGAGCAACACGCUGACCAACCAACUUCGUCGUCCCUCCAUCUUGCCAUUUUAAAAAAGUUGGGCCGUCGUUUCGUCCGACGAAGAAUUCGAGCCAAGUUAUAAAUUUGCCAAUUUCCUACGAAUAUGGAG